AAGUAACAGUGUGUUGUCAAUGUAGGGAAAGUGGAGCUGUAAGAAUAUGCCUCACUCCUGUUUUAAGCCAACAGACAGGAAAGGCUGAGGCAGCUUUUUGGAAGUGCCGUGCCUGCUUUCCCUCCAAAGUUUUACCUGGCAAUGACCAAGUCGAUGGCAGAUGAGAGGAGAUCUCAGCUGGAGCAGUACCUUCAGAAUGUUACUUCAGAUUCGAAUAUUACCCACAGUGAUGCCUUCAUAGGUUUUUUCCGAAAGCUACAGCAGGAUACAUUUAAGAUCCAAACCCAGAGAGCCUUUCUGGAUGUUUACCUCGCUGAUGGCAGCAAUAUUAGACUUGAUAUCCAGACAUCGGACACUGCAGAAAGAAUAUUAGAGGUUACAUUGUGCAGGAUGGGGCUCUCAAGAGAAUUAAUAAAAUAUUUUAGUUUUUUUUUCUUUCAAGAUCAUGAUGAUGGAGCGCUCUCUGUGGUGAAAAAAGUGGCAGAAUUUGAACUUCCUUAUGUGAGUCUUCAGAGCAUGAAAGAGUUAUGCUGUAAGCUUGGGAUCAGAAAGUGGUAUAUGGAUCCUUCUCUUGAUACGCUGCUGAUGGAUUGUAGAGCUUCACUGGAUCUGCUAUAUAUGCAGGCAAUCCAGGAAGUUAAGAGGAAUUGGCUUAAACCAACAGAAAGGCAGAUGCAGGAACUUGAAUUUCUACAAAAAAAUGCAAACAAAGCAAAGUUCCUAGAGCUGAUUCGAGAAAUGCAGGUCUAUGGAUACAUACGGCUUGAUCCUUGCAUUUGUGACUAUCCAGAAGAAGGUUGCUCAGCUGACAUCUAUGUUGGCAACAAUGAGAUUAACUGCUGUAUAAAACUGCCUACUAACCAAAUCAAAGAGGUUAGCUUUAAAAUCAACAGGUUAAGAAGUUGGCAGGUUGCUUUUCUUGGUGCUACAAAGGAUGGUGAAGAUGACACUCUGGAACUCAGAUUUGAGUACAAUGAUUCAGGCACAUGGCAGUGGAUAGUUUUAUACACAAAACAGGCCUUUUUGCUCAGUAGCUGCUUGAAGAAAAUGAUAUCGGAACAGAUGAUGAAGGCAGCCAAAGAAGGCAAAGAAAUGGAGAUCAAGAUGCCUGAAUCCAUGAAAAACAGUAAGAAAUCCAGCAUCCAACAAAAGCAGGUAGUUCAUUCAGGUUUUAUAUCAAGGAAAAGAUUUUUGGUUAGGCCAAAUGAAGACGACUGUGUAUUUGAGAAAAUAAGAGAAGAGGACCUGUGAUCAUUUAUUUUAGAUACUGUCUUUCAAAACAAAUUGUCUGUGAAUAAUAAACGCACUGUUGAAACAUUGAAUUAUAAGGGGGGAACAUAGUCCUCGAUGUAAUUCCUUGCCUUUGCAGUGUUCUAGUAGUUACAACUCCUAGCAAACCAGUUUGAAUGGGUGCUGAGAAUCUGGAGUUGUCUUGCAUAAAUGCUUUUUGGGCUUUUUUCCCCUAGACUGAAACUGUUGAGGCAGAGAGGGUCAAUUACAAAUGGUGCUACAAUGUUAGAGGAGGAACAAGUAUUUACAUACCAGUUUAUGUUUCUGUGAGUAUUGGUGUAAUUGUUGUGAUGGCUGAACAGGCUCUUGCCCAUCUAGACAUGGUCUGGAAAAGGCAGGUAUCUCCUGUGAUCAUUCCCCUUACCAGGACCAGUCAUUCCUUCCCAGCAGAACAGACUGUUGUGGUGCCCUUAUUGACCUGUGGAGAGACCAUCAGCACUGAUGCAAAAGCUGCUGGGCUUUGGAGAAUGAAGGUAUUCGUGCGCUCUCCAGCAGGGUGUCGGGGAGGGCUAUCAGUUCAAUGUGUGUAGCUGUGCUCCAGAAAUUGUGCUGGUUUAUACUGACACUGGGGUAAGCAAGUACCUGCUGUAGCUGGGUAAAGGGGGACGUGCCCACACCACAUCCCCACGCUGCUUCCUACGGCGGAAGACUGAAGUGCCAUAUUCCAUAUCAGGCUUGAAGGAUCUUUGAUUCCUCUUACUGGCAUUGAUUUGAAAGGCAGGAUCAGGUGUGAGAACCAGGGAAAGGAAGUGAAAAUUAAAAAAAAAAAAAAA